AUGAACACCAUCGUUGCCGCAGUCAUCCUGUCCGUUGUCGUGGUCGGUGCCAUGGCUGAUUACCCAGCUCCGGCCAAGUACGAGGCGCCCAAGCCUGCCUACCACGCUCCGGCUCCGGCCUACCACGCACCUGCACCCCACCACGGAUAUGGUGGCCACCACGCUGCCCCGGUUGUCCACGCUUACGCCGCCAAGGCUCCUCAUGUUAAGUGCGGUGCCAACCUGCUGGUCGGAUGCGCUCCCAACGUUGCCCACGUGCCAUGUGUCCCAGCCCACGCUGGACACGGAUACGGACACGCCUCGGCUCCGGUUCACCACGGAUACGCCGCCCCUGCUCCGGCUUACCACGCACCCGCCCACGGAUACCGUUCCUUCAACGAGGCCGAGGCCCAGGCUUUCGAGCUCGAGGAUUAG